CGAGCCGCGCGCCGCGGCCGGUGCGAGCCCUGGCGGUGACCGCCCGGCCUCCCACAGGCCCCGGCGGGCACCUGCGCCCCACGAUGCCGUCCACGCUGGCGGCGGCCCCGCGGCCGGCCAGCGCGGACACGGGCCUCCCCGCCGGCGGCCCCGCGCUCCCUCCGAAUGUCCCGGCAAAGCCCGGCCGCGAGGACCCGCCGGCGCCGGCCGGAGCCCCGGCCCCCAGGCCGCCCCCGAGGCCCCGGCUGGAGCGGACGCUGUCCCUGGACGACACGGGCUGGCGGCGGCGCCGCAGCCGGGCCGGCCCCGACCGCCCCGCGUCCCGCAACGGGGCCAGCCCGGCCCGCGGCUCGCUGCCCGCCGAGGCCCCCGGCGCCCCCGCCGGCCCCGCGCUCGGCCUGAGCUCCUCCCUGCAGGAGCUGCCGGGGCCGCGCCGGGCUCCCUGGGCAGGCGGCGCGGCCACCCGGGUGAGUACCUCUCUGGACCUCCUGCCGCGAGACGGGGCCGGGGGCGCGUCCAGGCUGGCCCCGAGGCCGCCCCCGCGCCCACUACCCGCCCUGGACAUGAGCGUGGCCUCCGGCACCCUGAGGACCUCGAACAAGGUUGACUGGGACUACAAGCCCCGCCUGCAGGCCCGGCUGUCCCGCGCCCCCGGCAGCCCGGGCCCCGGCCGGCCGCCCAGCCCCCUGGCCUGUGACGAUUCCUCCCUGGGCUCGGCCCGGUCCGCCUUCAGUCUCCUGGCACCCAUCCGCACCACGGACGUCCGCAGCAGGAGCUACCUGCAGGGGAGCCUCCUAGCCAGCGGGGCCCUGAUGGGGGCAGACGAGCUGGCCCGCUACUUCCCGGACCGGAACUUGGCGCUGUACGUGGCCACGUGGAACAUGCAGGGUCAGAAGGAGCUGCCCGCCAACCUGGAUGAGCUGCUGCUGCCCACGGAGGCCGACUAUGCCCAGGACCUGUACGUGGUGGGCGUCCAGGAGGGCUGCUCUGACAGGCGCGAGUGGGAGGCGCGGCUGCAGGAGACAUUGGGCCCGCACUACGUGAUGCUGCACUCGGUGGCGCACGGCGCCCUCUACAUGUCUGUGCUCAUCCGCCGAGACCUCAUCUGGUUCUGCUCAGAGGUGGAGAGCUCCACGGUGACCACGCGCAUCGUGUCCCAGAUCAAGACCAAGGGCGCCCUGGGCGUCAGCUUCACCUUCUUUGGCACCUCCUUUCUCUUCAUCACGUCCCACUUCACGUCUGGGGACGGGAAGGUGAGUGAGCGACUGCUGGACUACUCCAAGACGGUGCAGGGCCUCAGCCUGCCCAGGAACGUGCCCAACACCAGCCCCUACCGCUCGGACGCAGCCGAUGUCACCACACGCUUCGACGGAGUGUUUUGGUUUGGAGACUUCAACUUCCGCCUGAGCGGGGGCCGCGCAGCUGUGGACGCUGUCCUCAGGCAGGAGCUGGGGCCCGACGUGCAGGCCCUGCUGCAGCGUGACCAACUGACGCGGGAGAUGAGGAGAGGCUCCAUCUUCAAGGGCUUCCAGGAAGCAGACAUCCAUUUCCUGCCGUCGUACAAGUUCGAUAUCGGGAGGGAUUCGUACGACAGCUCGGCCAAGCAGCGGACGCCCUCAUACACGGACCGUGUCCUGUACAGGAGCCGUCACACGGAUGACAUCUGUGCACUGCACUACGCCUGCUGCCGCGGGGUCAGGACCUCGGACCACCGGCCUGUGUACGGCCUGUUCCGGGUGAAAGUGAGGCCGGGCAGAGACAACAUCCCGCUGGCCGCCGGCAAGUUUGACCGGGACCUAUACCUGCUCGGGAUCAAGAGACGCAUCUCCAAAGAGCUCCAGCGACAGCGGGCGCUGCGGGGCACCAGUGCCAGUCUGGUGUGUACUAUCUCCUGAGUCUGCUGCAGAGCCACGGCUGAGAACCACCCCAGGCCGUGAGGCGGAAGACACCC